GUUCGGCCAUAGUUGAUUGUUCCUUUGGAAACUAGGUCUUAAUCACAUAAAGAUGAAGUUAGUUGUUCUAGUGCUGUGUUUAGUGUUAGUCAAUUCUGCAACUAAUAAAACUAAGCCAACUCAGAAAAAACCGAGAUGUCAAAUAGUUUUCAAUGGUUUCAAAUCUGUUGACCCACUCAACCUGCCACUAAUCGUAAUUGAAGACCUAGUGAGCCGCGAUAUCGGGUACUUGUGCGGCGGAAAAGAUGACAAGAUGAGCAUCUAUCUCAUUCAAACAACCACAAAUUGCAUACUAACAUAUAAACGAAAACCUAAUGGUGAUUACUAUCUGUACAGUUUCGAAAUAACUGAUGGAUGCCCAGUAUGGCGAAUGUGAUGGCCCGUCAUUCGGACACCCUUUUUAAAAACUACUUAUUUAUAUUCAUAUGUCUACCAGGGACAAUAAAAGGUUAAUAGACAAGGGGUAGCUUUCUCCAAACUACAAUGGGAGUCCUGGAUGGAUGCCGACUCAGGACUCCCAGCAUUCUCAGCAAAAAAAAAAUACAAUUUUUGGUUUUAAACGUAAAUGUAUAUUACGGGAGCGACAAAGCUUUGUACUGAA